GUCGCUGGCGGCGCACAGCGAGCUCUCUGGAUGCUACUGGAAAUACAAAACAACACCGAGCUAGCUCAUCUGCUAGCCACAGCAAACACAACCUUAUUUUAACUAUACGUUUUUAGGGACACGUUAUAUUUGGACGCGGCACCACCAUACGAAAUCUAGUCAACCGUCUGGCGAUGAGAGGGGCAAUGGUUCAUGAAGACUUUUGGAUACACAAAGAGUGGCUGGUCCACAAGGGACAUCAUCAGGCUCUGGGGCACAGAUAACACCUCCAAACUGGCGAGUAUUUCAGUCACAGGGUGGACUUGUUGCUGUUAUAUCAUCCGUCCAUCCAGGCUGCUUCAUUGGAAUCGUUGUUAGAUAAACCAUGAUCCCCAUCACCGAGCUGCGGUACUUUGUGGACACUCAGCCAGCGUACCGCAUCCUGAAACCAUGGUGGGACGUGUUCACCGACUACAUCUCCAUCGUCAUGCUCAUGAUUUCUGUGUUCGGGGGGACGCUGCAGGUCACCCAGGACAAGAUGAUCUGCCUCCCCUGCAAGUGGGUGGUGAAUGAAACCUGCAAGAAGAACUUUAGCUCCAACAUCCCCACAUCGCUGUUCUUGGAGCCCAAAGGAAUCCAGUACGAUCUGGACCGCCACCAGUACAACUAUGUGGAUGCUGUGUGCUAUGAAAACAGGUUGCACUGGUUUGCCAAGUAUUUUCCUUACCUAGUAUUACUUCACACCCUUAUUUUUCUAGCUUGCAGCAACUUUUGGUUUAAAUUUCCUCGGACUAGCUCCAAACUGGAGCACUUUGUGUCCAUCUUGCUGAAAUGCUUUGACUCUCCCUGGACUACUAGGGCGCUGUCGGAGACAGUGGUUGAAGAAAGCGAUCCAAAACCAAUGAAAAUGAAUGGCUCAAUGGACCACAAAGAGUCCGUUAUCAGCGAGGACGUAGAAGCAAGUGUUCCUAUGCUUCAAAGGACAAAGACACGCUUUGAGCAGGGAAUUGUGGAUAGAACAGAAACUGGAGUUUUGGACAAGAAAGAGGGCGAGCAGGCAAAAGCUCUGUUUGAAAAAGUGAAGAAGUUCCGCAUACACGUGGAAGAAGGAGACAUUGUGUACAGACUGUACAUCCGUCAGACCAUUAUCAAAGUUAUCAAGUUUAUUUUGAUAAUCUGUUACACAGGGUAUUACGUGCACGAUAUUAAAUUCAGUGUUGACUGUUCUGUAAAUAUUGAGAGCCUGACUGGUUACAGCGUGUAUCGUUGUGCUCACCCACUGGCUACACUUUUUAAAAUCCUAGCCUGUUUCUACAUCAGCUUAGUUGUGGUGUACGGUCUGAUCUGCAUGUACACGCUUUGCUGGAUGCUUCGGCGCUCUCUCAAGAAGUACUCCUUUGAGUCCAUUCGGGAAGAGAGCAGCUACAGCGACAUACCCGAUGUGAAGAAUGACUUUGCAUUCAUGUUGCACAUGAUAGAUCAGUAUGACCCUCUGUACUCCAAGCGCUUUGCCGUGUUCCUCUCCGAAGUAAGCGAGAAUAAGCUGAGGCAGCUCAACCUCAACAAUGAGUGGACACUGGACAAGCUCAGGCAGAGGAUAACAAAGAACUCUCAGGAGAAGUUGGAGUUGCACCUUUUCAUGCUGAGCGGCAUUCCGGAUACAGUGUUUGACCUAAUGGAGUUGGAGGUUCUUAAACUGGAGCUAAUCCCAGACGUUACCAUUCCCCCGAUCAUUGCCCAGCUGGUCAACCUGCGAGAGAUGUGGCUUUAUCACACCCCAGCCAAAAUCGAAGCUCCUGCUUUGGCUUUUCUGCGUGAGAACUUGAAGUCUCUGCACAUUAAAUUCACUGACAUCAAAGAAAUUCCCUUGUGGAUCUAUAGUCUGAAGAAUCUCAGUGAGCUUCAUCUGACGGGAAAUCUCAGCGCUGAGAACAACCGUUACAUUGUCAUUGAUGGACUCCGGGAGCUCAAGAGGCUCAAAGUUCUUCGUCUGAAGAGCAAUCUCACCAAGCUACCUCAAGUGGUGACAGACGUGGGCAUGCAUCUGCAGAAGCUUUCCAUCAACAACGAAGGCACUAAGCUGAUGGUGCUGAACAGUCUGAAGAAGAUGGUGAACCUGACAGAACUAGAGCUCAUCCGCUGUGAUCUGGAACGCAUUCCCCACUCAAUCUUCAGUUUGCACAACUUGCAGGAGAUUGAUCUGAAGGACAACAACCUGAAGACGAUUGAGGAGAUCAUCAGCUUUCAGCAUCUUCAUCGGCUGGUCUGCCUUAAGCUCUGGUACAACCAGAUCGCCUACAUUCCCAUUCAGAUCGGCACCCUGACGAACCUGGAGAAGCUGUACCUGAACAGGAACAAGAUUGAAAAGAUUCCCAGCCAGUUGUUUUAUUGCCGCAAGCUGCGCUUCUUGGACCUGAGCCAUAACAACCUAACCUACAUCCCACCAGACAUCGGUUUCCUGCAGAAUCUUCAGUACCUGGCUGUGACAGCCAAUAGGAUCGAGAGCCUGCCUAAUGAGCUGUUUCAGUGCAAGAAGCUUCGCACUUUGAACUUGGGGAACAACUGCCUGCAGUCUCUGCCAUCACGCUUUGGAGAGCUGACUGCGCUGACACAACUAGAGCUGAGAGGAAACCGUCUGGAGUGUCUGCCCGUGGAGCUGGGAGAGUGCAGACAGCUCAAGAGAACUGGUCUCGUUGUGGAGGAGGACCUGUUCAACACGCUGCCCACGGAGGUUAAAGAACAGUUGUGGAAAGCGGACAAAGAACAAGUUUGAACCACUCUGCAUCUGUGAGUUAAAACAGAUUCUGACCAACUGAGUCUGGAUGCAGGAGGAACUCCCCAUGAGUGUCCCACAGGCUUGUUAAAGCAGGAAUGAGUCCCGCUGCAGCAUCCUGCCAUUAAGGUCGGGUAAUGAGAACCAGUGCCAGUUCCAUAGAACCAAAAUACUGAUUCUGGCAGCUUCUGGUUGUUCUCUUAGUUUAUUUGAUAUUGUUAUUCCUUUACAAACAACUUCUCAGGCCUUUACAUUAUAACCCAGUAAUGAUGCUUUUUAGCAAUAAUGUAGCAGUGCCAUUGUGAUCAAAAAAACCAUGUGUUUACAUUUUAUGCUUCUCAAUUAUGGUAUAGAAGUCAAAGUAUGCAAAACUGUGGGCCAGCUUUUGCUAAAAACAGCCAGUUCUGGAUUAAUUAAGAUUUAAUUAAAAUAAUCUUUCGAGGACUGUUGCUUUGAAGGAACAAAUUAGAGAGCAAAAAUGACUCUUUAUUUCUGUCUACAGAUGAUAUUCAAAACUGUAGCUGUCACUGAUUCCAGUUGUUUUGAGCUGCUAUUGAUUCAACAUGCAAAUUAGUUAAUUAGGAAAUCAUGAAAGUAAGAUAGAGUCUCUCUUGUUUGGAAAAAUUAAGCAGGAGUUCUCUCACAAUGUUUGACAGUUGAUCUGAUUUGGUUAUCAGAUGUUAUAUUUUUAUAUAGGCAGUGACAGUACAAAUCAAAACCAAACUAUAAAGGAAAGUUAGCAGUCCUGUUAUCUAAGCCAGUCAGACACAACUUUUAACACUCUAUCCGUCGUCCAGUAGUGACAUGAGCUGAAUUAAAACUCUGCUGGUCAUCGUUUUUCUGCUCUACAGCAAUGACCUUCAAAUACCCCCAGAGCUCGGCUCGACACCGAUGUGAAAAUCUUGAAAGUAUGAGGGGAAUUCACAAACCAGAGAUUACUCAUGACGGGUGAAGUCAAGGAAGGUGAUGACAAGACUGUUAGCGGUGCAAGUGCUGAGACGUUCGAUAUUUAUAUGAGUGCGAUCCUUGCGUGGAGUCGGUUUGACAGAGUGGAGGGAUUAUUGGCUCUUUGGGGGGGAAGAUGUGUGUUUGACCCAGCGCGUGAGGAAAAGCAAUUAUUCUACUGAACGCUACUCACUGGACCAGCAUUGCAAUUACAUUAGCGAAGCAUCCCAUCAGGAUAGCCGACCCUCACCACAAGUAUACUUUUCAGUUGAGUAAAAUCUAUAAAAUGGCCACGCUGCGUUUAUAUAUAUAUUUUUAUCUUUGCAAUGAAUUGCACAAAACAACAUGAAGAGAUCUGAGGAAAAUGCUGAAAAGGUUUUGAAUGAGAGGUCGGAAGAAUUCAGAUGAAGUUUGUGUAAAAUAACACAGUACUGACUAAUGGAAUGGAGUCUCCAAAUAUUGGUAUUACGAUUGAAACAGAUGUAGAAACACUAGAUCGGUUUAUUGAUAUUAAAUCAACCACUGGUCCACUUGUAUGAACUUAUAGUUUAGAAUUAAUGUCCACAAAUAAGUAAUCUGUUUUUUUAACACCUGGCCUUGUUUAUUAUAGCGUUGUAAUCAGAUUUUUCUACCUUGAUAGGGUAGUCCUCUUCGUUUUAUCUUGCUGAACUGCAUUACCCAGAAUUCAGUGCAAUGUUCUGUGCAAAUGUUCACCUCUGUGUGAGAUAGCAGCCAUCUUUAAUGUUAAAUAUUUAAAUUGCUACACAUUAAACUCAGAGGGCUGGGGUUAUUAUUUAAUUUUAUUAUUUUUGUGCUGGUGUAGAAGAAUAGUGCACUAGUGGCCACUUUUGACAAGCUAACUGAGGUGAAAUUUGAUGAAAAAACAUUCCAUUUAAUGAAAAGAAGAAAUUGUCAAUCAUAGGAAUUAAAUUAUUCCUUUUAUUCUGAAAGAUUUUCUGUCAGAUUAGUUGCCUUAACUUUAUUUUUUUUCCUUUUAAUGUUGUGGAUUGGUUUUUUUUUUAGCAUUUGUAUGGAUGAACAUUAAUUAUUGUAGUUCUGGCCAAUAUUUUGAUGCAAUUAUUUGUCCAUAAAGAUGCACUAAACUACUCCGCUCCAAAUUACAAUGUGAGCAUCAGGACAGAUGUGCUGUUGGUUUUAUGUUUUGCUCUACUGUUUCGUUUGAUUACAAGUGAUCAGUGAGGCUUUUUUCAGUUGUAACCUCACCUUGUGACAUUAUUUAAAAUACAGCUACCCAAUUUCAAGUUUCCAUUUAUUAACCAGGGUCACUAUGUGCUGCUGACAACGACCACAGCUGAAGUCGGAAGGGAUGAAACAUUAAAAGUCACUAAAACUUUGACCGAGCUGUUGUGUUUAGAGCUUAUUAUUGAAGAUGCACACUUAUUUUUGGAAAGGAAGUAGAGCUUUUUUGUUUUUGUUUUUGUGUUUGUUUUAGAUGCACCACUUGCAGGAACCUGGAAUAAAAAAUGAAAAAUUUUAUUCAAUAACAAAAAAAAAAUCAAAAGCCAAAAUUACAAAUUAAUAUCUUGACAUACUUAUUUUGACUUAAACUGCAUAUUUUAAAUCAUCAAAGCCUCAGACAUUUUUUUUAUUUUUAUUAUUAUUAUUAUUAUUAUUAUUAUUAUUAUUAUUAUUAUUAUUAUUAUUAUUAUUAUUAUUAUUAUUAUUAUUAUUAUUAUCAUCAUUACUGUCCCUGUUUGUGUUUAUUUUUAGAGCAAAGCUAAAUAGUUCUGGCCUGAGAGUGACUUCUCAGGAGUUGUGUUUUGCAACAGUAAGCAAACUAAUACUUAAAAAUACGGAAUUCGAAAUCAGUGCACAGCUCCGAUACAGCACAAGACAUAAGAAGGGGUUCUUUUGUUCACCCUGAGAUGGAAAAAAUAUCAGUUUAUGUUUUAAUAAACCUAAGAAAUCCUGGACAGUAGCAAUAUACAGAAUAGGCACUUGACUGAAAAGCAUAGAAAUAGUUUAAGCUAUCUGCUUCAGUAACAUGUUUAACUAUGCUAUAAUGUGCAAUAUUGCCUUUUAUUUCAACCAUAUAGAGGUUAGAAGUGAGUAGUAGUUUUCUAAAUGUGCAUCGGCAUUUUCCUUGCGUCACAUUGUUUUUACUCCAGACUUUAAAGUAUAUUAGAGGAGAUUUUUUGGGUCCUAGAAAAUGCUUUUGCACUAGAGCACCUCACUCACAGGCUACAUUUUAAUGCAAAUGAUGGAAUACAACACAUGCUUUUUUUUCCAGCUACAGGAAGGUUCAACUGAGUGACUGCCAGCCAUGAGAUUAAAAUGGUAUUAGUAUUUGAGCUUUAUUCUCUAGAACUACUCAUGGAAAAACAAAUUGAUUUUGGUCCUUUAAUGUCCCAAGUGGAGCGUUUUGAGAAUACGUCAGCAAUACACCUCAGUUUAAGACAAUCAGCUGUUCUAAUUAAGAAAUGUAAAGUGUUGCACUGAGUACUGCAAAGAAGUGGUCAGUACUUAAAAAAUACAUUGUGUAGGUUGCUAGUAAAGUGGUAUCAGUAACUAGAUUAGGUUUUUGUCUCAUAGUUAUUGUUAAUCUUUAGUUUUCUGUAUUUUCCUCCUUUUUUUGGACUCAUUUAUGUUCCCCUUUUGACAGCUAUUAGUAUUAUCAUUAUAGUAUAACAAAAUUUCUCAGGAAACCAGCUAGUACUCACUUAUUUUUUGAGUUGAUUGCCUAUUUUUUUAUUACACCUGGUAUUUUUAUUAAUUUAAACAGUUGUGAUAACAUUUUUAUAUGCAUAUUUGUAUACGUUCUUUUCUAGGUUUGGUGUAUUUAAUAUUGGCUGCUGGUUUAAAAACAAAAUGUGUUUUUAAAAGAGAAACCACUCAGUUUUAACUUUGAUUCUGUGUUUUAUGACCAUGUGUUAAUUGAGCUGUACCACGUCAGAGUUGUGUCUUCAUUGUGAGUCGUGCAGGUGAAGUGUGUGUGUGAGUGUGUUCAGUGUUUUGUAGGUUUGCAUGAUGGAACUUUCUCACAUCCCUCAUUUCCCAUGUUUGUUCUUUGUCCACUUAAAAAUCGUUAAUUUGGGUACAGCAUUAGUUUCAGUGUUCCCAGAUUCAUUUACAGUCAUAAAAGAUACACACAUUAGGUUUCAUGCAGUUUUUUGUUGGGUUAUUUUGCCAAAAAAAAGGGUAUUUUCAUGAAAAGAAAAUCAUCAAUACAACAGUACUGAACCAUGCAGCCUGUUUGAACACGUGUCUCAUCCUCUCUUGUACACUGUCCACUAGGGUAAGAAAAUAAAAAAUAAGUGGUUGACAAAA